AUGGAGGCUGAGGUGCGUGAAGAGGGAGUGAGCAACAAUGCCCAGCCUGAAAGAAGGGUGUUGGCCUCUUACACUAUCCCCAAUCCCAGACAUUAUGGGAGCAGCAUCCUCGCCCCAAAUGUUCAGGCAAAUGACUUUGAGUUGAAGCCUCAACUAAUCACCUUGGUGCAGAACAAUUGUGCUUAUGGAGGUGGCCCUCUUGAAGACCCCAACCAACAUUUGUCCGUUUUCUUAAGGAUUUGUGAAACGGUCAAGACAAAUGGUGUGCAUCCAGACACAUACAAAUUGUUGCUGUUCCCAUUCUCAUUAAGGGAUAAGGCUGCACAAUGGCUUGAAACUUUUCCCAAAGGAAGUAUCACUAGUUGGGACGAUUUGAGAAAGGGAGUAUUAGAAUUGGAAGGAGUGGACUCCAUUUUGGCUCAAAACAAGAUAAUGCAAGAGCAGAUUCAACAACAAUUUGAGCAGAUGGCUAAAAAGAUUGAUAGCCUGCAAGUUGCAGCAGUGAAUACAAGCCAGCCAUCAACCAAAUGGGGACAAAAUGAAGAAAACCAAGAAGAUCAGCAGCAGGAACAACCUCAAUAUGUGCACAACCAAAGCUCCGGCCAAAAUGAAAUGAUGAAGCACCAAGAGAUAAUGAUGGAGAAACUCAUAAAAAAUCAAGAGAUGGCAAGACAAGAUCAAGAAGCAGCAAGAAAAGAUCAAGAAGCAGCAAGAAAAGAUCAAGCCACAACAAGCAAAAACCAAGAAGCUUCAAUCAAAAAUCUCGAGAGGCAUAUGGAACAAAUGGCUAAACGAAUUACAGAUGCAUCCCCAAGUGCCACUCAAGACCACCCAAGGGACAAAGGAAAAGCUACAAAGUGGGAAGAGUGUAAAGCAAUCAUAGUGGAAAGUGAGAAGAAAGCCAUCAAUCAGGAAGAACACAACAGAGAAGUUCCACAAGAAGAGACAGAAGAGAGAAGUGAAGAGGAUCAGAAAAUCAAGAAUGCAAAAAGCUCAAAGAGAGAUAAGGACAUUCUUAAAACACAACUACAAGAGAAGAAGGAAAGGGUGAAGCCACAUAUCCCCAAACUUCCAUACCCUCAGAGGUUCAAAAAAGAGAAUGAGGAUAAGCAAUAUUCAAAGUUCCUGGACAUAUUCAAGACCCUCAGCAUCAAUAUUCCUUUCUUAGAAGCACUUGAACAGAUGCCAGUGUAUGCCAAAUUUAUGAAGGAAGUGCUGACAAAGAAAAAGUCCCUAAAAGAAGGACAAAUUGUUGAGAUGACAAAGGAAUGUAGUGCUAUUUUCCAAAGAGAGUUGCCAGAGAAAAAAGAUGAUCCUGGGCGUUUUUACAUACCUUGCACCAUAGGAAACAUAACAAUUGAGAAGUCAUUUUGUGACCUGGGUGCAAGCAUAAACCUGAUGCCUUUGUCUCUAAUGAGGAAACUUCAAAUUUCUGAGCUGAAAUCCACACGAAUAAUGCCUGGUGGAACACCUUAUAUCUUUCUCCAAAUCCCCACUCUUGGUUCAUUUGGUUCCGAAAAGGGAUUUCUCUACAGUUUUCCAAAUGGUUCCAGAUAUGGUUUCAAGAGUUUGGACCAAUAG